CGCAGCGAGAGCGCGGUUUCGUCGCGAACACUCUGCGUCGCGGAUAAUCGAACAAAGACAUCAAGACGAUUUGUUUAUUGCGCGAGCAAAAAUAUCAUCGAUUAUGCCACGAUCGAUUAUGUUCUGACCUUUCGCGUACGUGAAUUAUUCUUUUAUUUCUGCCAGUGAAAAGAUUUAUUUCUUCUAAUCAAGUUAGUGCUUCAAGAGAAACAUAUAUUUUCGGUUUUUACAUGUGUGAUAGUUUUAAUGAAUUUGUUUUUAAAUAUUAAGAUGAGUAGAAACGCACACUGUAUAAGUAUUUUCCUUCUUAAAUAACACUGCUCUGCAUGGAUAUCUGCUGUUGUUUGGGAAAUAGAAGGAGGUUUUCGUCGUUUUUUAUAUGCUGAGAAUCCGGUUUUAAAAAAUAAAGAAAAAUGUUUAACUUUGCAAUGUAAUUAGUUUUAAUUCAGAUAAUAUUGUUGACGGAUUGUUGUUUAAUCCGUUUGACGAUAUAUGGUAUAUGUACAUUAUGUACAGAAUAAUAUAAAGUGUUGAUGUAUUGGUGUUAGUAUAAUUUGCUAAAGAUGCACGAUUGCAUCAAAAGCGAGUAAUAUUCUGAAAUUUUCGAAUAAACUGCAACUGAUUUAUGAAUAAUUAAUUGCUCUUUGUCCGAAAGUUAGAAAGACAAGAAAUUCUCAGAAAAAUCAGCAAGCAGAAUUAUCAUCAUCAAAAGAUUAUUUCUCUCUUGGAGAGUAUCAAUAUCAAUUUCUUUUAUAAUAAUUAAAGCAAAAUACAUGAAAUUGCGGUUUCGCGAAUCAAGAUUAUAGGUCGACAAGGAUGUUUAGCUCAUUGAGGCUGGCGACUAUGCGCUCGCACAAGAGCCGUGCCAGGCCAGGAAGCAUCGCCACUUCUGCGAGUUCCGACUCCACUAGAGUGGAAGAAGCAACCGUACAAGUACAGUACCAUCCGCACAGCUUUCUAUUGUUGGAUGAUCAAGAGACGACGAACAUUAUCAGUUCGUCGUCACCUUCCAGCGUCUCGUCAAAGGUGGCACAGGUACGAGUGGAGCGAGAGGAUGGCAGUCUCGGUGUGACUCUUCGCGGAGGGGUAUCGCGAGCUUUAGUAGUGACAGGGGUGAAAGCGGACGGUCCGGCUGCCAAAGAAGGAAGAAUUAGACCCGGUGAUCGAUUGCUAGCGGUGGAUGAUACUGAGCUGCGAGGACUCACUUUAGCAGAGGCGCAGCGAGCGCUCAGAAGGAGCUCGGAUGCACCUGUCGCAUCUCUCACGAUCGAGUACGACGUCGCAAACAUGGAGGAAGCGCGGGCGGCUAAUUCUGGUCCGCUGCUCGUACAAUUGGAACGCGGUCUCUCGGGAGAAUUGGGUUUAACUGUAAGAGAAACGUCAAACGGCGUCUAUAUUGAGAGUCUCCGUCCGGCCACCACAGCGGAUCGCUGUGGUGCUCUGCAAGCAGGAGAUCGACUGUUAGCUGUGGAUGACACACCCAUCCAGGACGCGGUGACUGCUGCCAAGCUGUUUAGAAACAAUUCUGAAAGCUGUCGCAUCGCCAGGUUGCAGAUAUUACCGCGACCGCCGAGUGCGAGGACGGUCAAAAAACGGGCACAGCCGCAAGCACAGCAAAACUCGAGUCAGGCCUUGCAGAUGAAGGAGAGUUUGACCGUCGUUCUACGACCAGAUCAUCGAGGCUUUGGACUCGUACUCAAACCGGCUGAGGAUCGCAUAAGUUAUGUAGUGAGUUUGUUGGAAGCUGGCGGUCCAGCGGAACGAAGCGGUGUUCUUUUGCCUGGUGAUAAGGUGAUCGCAAUCAAUCGGAGAAUGUUACGUGAUCUACAACAGACAGAAGUAGUCAACUUGCUAGAAACGUCGCAAAUGAUUGAGUUGGUGAUAGAAUACAAAGUGGGAGGCCCAGUGGUGCCGAGUUCUGGAAUCUUCACAGUGAGGGUGGCGAGACCACUUGGCGGUCAGCCCGAUCUAGGUCUCACAGUGAACGAGGAUUUGGUAAUCACAGAAGUUCGUCGAGGAUCACUUGCGUACCGAACGGGUAGUUUAGCCCCAGGAGAUAGAUUACUCGCAAUAGACGGACAAAAAUUGGAUCCCGGAGAUUUAAGACAAGCCGCCCAAUUAUUGCACCAGCCUGGUAGUUCGGUAGCUGCUUUAACUGUUAGAAAACCGGAUCUUAAUUCGGAAACAAGAGAUUAUUGCAGGGAGCUCAGCAUAGGUAGUGACACAAUCCAGCUGCAAUUUCCAGCUAGUGUGUUACGUUCGGCCAGAGAGAGCCUUCCGAGCGUAGACAGUGCAGUGGAUUCUUGGGGAGAACUCGGAGAAGGUGGUGGUGCCAUGCCGGAGAUACUGAGACUUUGGGAUACCGUCUCUGUAGACAGCGGACAAUUGGAUCUAUCGAUGCCAUCUUGUCCAGGAUCACAAGAACGCAGCAGUGGUUUCGACAGUGGGACCCAGCAGAUAGUGCACGUGUCGCUGCACAAAGAUUCUGUGUACGAAGAUUUCGGCUUCUCGGUAUCGGACGGUCUUUACGAACGAGGCGUUUACAUAAAUCGCCUACGGCCUGGCGGACCUUGCAACGGUGUUCUUCGACCCUACGACAGAAUUCUUCGCGUCAACGAAACCAGCACGGAAGACUGCGACUGUUGCUUGGCCGUACCGCUUAUCGCAGCGGCCGGACCGCGUCUAGAUCUGACUAUUGCAAGAUCCUUAGCUCCACAGAACAUUCUGAAGACUUUAUAAAUCGAUACAAUGAUCUUCAAUCAACUGUCGAUGACGACUUAAUUCAAUCUAUUUAUUAUAGCAAAUAUCUUAAAUAUUUUCUAAAACAUUUAAUAUUUUAAAGAUAAUGCAAAAUAAAUAUGGACGUGCCAUGGUUCCAGCAGUUGCAUUUCUAAAAUUAAAUUGUAAUUUUAUACAAACAGAGAAUGAUAUGAAUAUAACACUUCGGAUAUAUUUUUGUACACAUGUAUUUUAUUUAUAAAAAUAAAUUUAUAGAUUGGGUUUUUCA